AUGGCGCGGGACUCGGUACCACCACGGCUGAGACUAAGACCAGUCCUAUGCUUCGCUAUGCCACGCAACGAAAGCGGUAUUAGCAUGGUGUGCAAUCAUGAUUACAAACAACAACAUUGUGGCCCACAAGUCAUGUUUGCACGCAUAGGGUCUUACUGGAUUGCGCGCCAGCGAUUUGCAAGGUCCGCUAAACUGCGUACCAGGAAUUUGUCAACCAGUCUAACAAGAAGGAAUUUCAAGGCUGGGGGACAAGAGUUUAGUGACGAUUAG